AUGGGUAUCAAGAGCAACGAGAUCACGAAUAUGACUGGCGAGAUCAUGGCGGUCAUCCAGGCACUCAUGUGGCUCAUCAGCACUGACGAAAAGCAGCAUGCUUACAUCUACACCGACUGCAAGGGAAUUCCAGAUUUAUGCGAUCGGGAUGCCCUGAACGGGCUAGUGGACGGCCUACCCAAACGAGCAAGAUGCCUGGAGGGGAAGAGCGAGUGGGUGGACCAGCUGCCGUUCGACAACAAGGAUACCGUGCGCGACAACGAGUACUACCAGACCGACAUGCCUAUCCACAACGAGAAGGAGAUCGACAAGAAUACGGAGUACCACCACGGCGAGCUGAGCACCGACACCUAA